UUUCACAAAGGUCAAAUGAGGAUGUUGGUUAGAACAGUUUCCAUUGUGUCUCAGUGCGGACAGCGUCUCUACAGCUCCUCUGUGACACUUGCCAAAAAACUUCAAAUUUUUCAUCCUGGAAAAGUUGAAGAUGACACUUUCUCCAAGAAACUGAACUUGAAAUGGUUUAUCGGGAUGAUUUUCACACGGCUGUCUCUGAUUGUCAUGCUGUUGGCGUUGGUGAAUGGGGAGAGGAAUGAGGACACUGUUCAGCCGUGUGCAGAGGUGAAGACGCCCAGCUCAGUGGUGGUCCUGGAGUCCCCUGUAUCAGCCUCUUGUACUAUCAGAGAGGACUGCCCAGUGCCCGUCGCCCCGAGUGUGACCAUAGACUGGCACCUGGAUGGACAAGCUCUCCCCAGCGGCUCUGCAUCCAAUCAGAGUGGACUCAUGUCUACUAUUGUUAUACCCAACUUCAACAGCACCAUGGCUUACCUCAUCUGCACUGUCCGCACCACACCACCGCAGAUAGUGGGAGGACUGCAAAUCAGAGCUGGAUAUCUUCCAUCAUUACCUCAAAACCUGCACUGUCAAACCAACCUGACCACACCCAGCACGAUGUUGUGUAGCUGGGACCCAGGGAAGGACAGCCAUUUGCCCACAAAGUACAGCUUACAUACAGCUAUACGAGAAAGAAGGAAAAACUUUAACUACACCCUACCACCAGGGCAGCACCACUACAGCAUCCCUCGCUCGGACUUCACCUGGUUUUCGGACAUGGUGCUUUAUGUGAAAGCCCAGAAUGCGCUCGGUGAGACCACAUCAGUACCAGUGGUUGUGGAGCCCCUCGGCGCAGCCAAGUUUGACCCUCCUGAGAUUCUGUAUGUCCGCCCACUGUCCAAGAAGUACGGCUGUCUAAGAAUCCACUGGAAGCUCUCCGCACACGAGUCCUGGGUCCAUGAUGUGAUGAAUGUACAGGUGCAGCUUAAACCUGCAGAACCAGGGAGAAACCAUAAUAUGCAAACCUUUGAGAGACGAUCACGACCAUCCAAAGCCAUAGACCAGUGUCUGCUUUCACAUGGGACUCGGUAUGUGGCCCAGAUGCGGGUGAGAUACCGACAAAGCCCCUGGAGCGAGUGGAGCGGGGAGCGCACUGGAGUCACCUUGGAAAGUGCCCCCAGCGGAGGUCUCGAUUCCUGGAUGAAGGUGUCAGGGGAUCACACGCACAAACAAGUCAGCGUCCAUUUGUUUUGGAAGCCGUCCAGACAGUUUCAAGCCAACGGGCAGAAUGUGUCAUACGUGGUGUCCCGAGUGAAGCAGCCCGGGGAGAAGGGCCAGCUGUGUGCUACUGUACAGAGGCACUGCACUUUCCAAGCCCCAGCUAAAGCCAGCAAGGUGUAUCUGAGCGCUGUCAAUGGGGCAGGGAGAUCACAGGCCAAAUCCAUACGCAUUUACCACAACAAAGAUUACUCAGUUGUUACAGAUUUGACCGUCACUCCAUAUGACGACAGAUCACUUAUGGUCAAGUGGACAAGUGUCGAUGCCCCCUCUCUCCUUGAUUUUGUGAUAGAAUGGAUACCUUUACUAAAGCCAGACCUGGCCAAUCUACAAUUUCAAUCCACAAACAAAAGCCAUACCAGCUUCAUCAUAUCAGACAGCAUUGAGCCAUACAAGCCCUAUGGGAUCUCUGUGUAUCCCCGGUUUAAGGAUGGGAUCGGCCUGCCUCAGACUGCUAAUGCCUUCUCAAGACAAAAGGCUCCUUCAAUGGUGCCAAAACUCAGAAUUGAAAAUGCUUGGCAGUUUGAUGUGGAGCUGAUAUGGGACGAGAUUCCACUGGACCAAAGAAAUGGGAUAAUUCAAGGCUACAAAGUGUUGUACCAUGAGGAAAAUGGCCCCAUCAGUGUUGUGCAUGCCAAGCCAGAUGAAAGGAGAGUCCUUCUUAAAGACCUCAACCCUAUGACUGUGUAUGAAGCCUUGUUGAUGGUGUCUACUUAUGGCGGAAGUCUGAAUGGGUCAACAAUUCACUUCAAAACUGAAUCUUUUGAUAUUGUUUUUGUUGUGACUGUCGUCUCAGUCAUUAUGGUAUUGAUUGUGGCCUGCAUUAUAACAUUUGUUUAUUAUUCCUCUCCUCGUGGAAGAUUUAAGAAACAUUUUUGUCCGAUUAUCCCUGAUCCAGCCAACAGCAGCAUCAAGGAAUGGUCAACAGAAUCUUUAGAGGACAACAUGCCUACCUUUAGUAGUAAAGAAUCCAGCCUAGUUUAUCUGUCCCAUGUCAGCUUCCUGGAUCUGCCUACAAAGAUCCAGAAGGAGGAGGAUGACUGCUGGCUGAACAGAGUGGAGGAGACCAGUGACCUCGGGGAGUCCAUUUGUGGCUCUCCGUUCAUCCCUGAGUACUGCGGCUCUAACAGUGACUCAGUCCCAUACGCCACUGUCCUCUUCUCCAGCCCAAGCACUAGCCCCGCCCCCAGAGAGGAUCACUCUUACCUGCGCUCCGAGUCCACCCAGCCGCUCCUGGAGGCAGAAGACGCCUUCACUCCAAAGUGCUACCAGAACAUCACAGCUGACAAGACAAAGGAAGAGCAGUGUUUCUUUGGUUCAAGUGACAGUGAUGAGAGAGAGCAGGUGCCAGAGCCAAAUAUCAGCUGGGAUGAGUUUCCUUUCCUGAGAGCACUGGCGAUGAAGGAUGCUGAAAAUGAAUAAAAGUGAUUUGUGAAAUUCUGUGACUGUGUCUGUGUGACACAGACUGUCUGUGAAAGGAAUGUUACAAAAGCGAGGCUGAUUAACAAUUGUUAAAUAAAAAUGUGUAGACCUGCUUUCUGUUCGGUUUUGAAUAAGUGUCAUAAAAUCAUUGGUUGACUGGUUACUCAUCUUUUAAAAAAUAAAAAAAUUAAUUAAUUAAUUAAUUCAUGAAUUUCUACAUUCCACAAUUGAUUGUCUUUUAUGCCAUCUUUGUUUUAGUUGAAAUAAAUGUGUUUUUCUACAAAAGG